AUGCUGAAGAUCAACCAAUCCAGCCCUGUGACUUUCAUCCUGAAGGGCAUUCCCGGCCUGGAAGACCUGUACUUGUGGCUGUCCCUGCCCUUCUCCUUCAUGCUCGCCACCAUUCUCCUGAGCAACAGCACCAUUCUGUUCUUGCUGGCGAUGGAGUCUGCCCUGGACAAGCCCAUGUACCACCUACUGGCCAUGCUCUUGCUGGCUGACCUGGUCUCCACCCUGGCCAUGAUGCCCCAGGUCCUCAGCCUCUUCUGGUUUGGCAUCCAGGACAUCAGCCUGGCUUCCUGCUUGCUCCAGAUGUUCUUCAUCCAUGGCACCUCGGUGGUGCACUCCGCCAUACUGGUGGCCAUGGCCUUUGACCGCUACGUGGCCAUUUGUGACCCCUUACACUAUACAACUGUGCUCACCGGCUCCUUGGUGUGUCGUCUGGGGCUAGUGGGGCUGAUCAAAGGGGUGGUUUUGAUUCUUCCCUUCCCCCUGCUGCUCAGACAACUGACCUUCUGCCGGACAGUCAUCGCCCACACCUACUGCGACCACAUGGCCGUGGUCAAAAUGGCCUGUGGGCACAGCAGGCCAAACCGUAUCUACGGCCUCUUCGUGGCUUUCCUGGUGGUGGGCCUUGACUGUCUGCUCAUCGGCAUCUCCUAUGCCCUGAUCCUGCGGGCCGUGUUGCGGUUGUCUUCCCGUGGGGCCCGCCUCCGUGCCCUCAGCACCUGCUCCUCCCAUCUCUCGGUAGUUCUCAUCACCUAUGGCCCUGCCCUAUUCUCUGCAAUUGUCCACCGCUUCAGUCACUCCAUCCCAGUCCACAGCCACAUCCUCCUAGCCAACCUCUACCUCCUUGCACCUUCUCUGUUCAACCCCAUCAUCUUUGGGGUGAGGACAAAGGAGAUUCGGGACAUGGUCACCAAGCACCUGGGCCACUGCCCUGGGAGAUAA